AGGAGUGAAUGAACGCAAACAUACACGGACCAACGCCGAAUUCUUCAUGAACGAUUUCCACCCUUCUAAAGAGAAAUUAGCGCGCAGCAACGCUGCCAGGUCGUAACUAUGCAUAUUUGUCUCUUACGCUCGAGACUGCUUGGGACUAGCUUGGCCACAGCCAGAGAUUAAUUACUCCGUCAUUCAGGACUCGGUAUUCAGGAAUAUGAGUUUGGAUACUCUAUUUAGGCAUAUUAUAUUAACAGAGCAGCAUGUGUCUGAGAACUGCCGUCAGCUUCUAGAAGCAAAGAGUGCCAUUGCCAAGAGUCAUGAACAGAUUAAAACCCACAGAGAGCAGCUGAACUGCCUUAGGAAAGAACUAGAUCAGAAGGGUCAUCUUGUUUCUGAGAUGAUUUUACAGUGUGACCUCUUGAAAAGGCAGCAGGAACACCUAGACAAUAGAAGUGAUCAGCUUCAACAAGAACAACAGAGGCUCAGAGAUUAUUUGGAAACAAUGAAGACUUGUGAGGUGGAACAACAAAAGACGUUCAGGAGGGAAGUCAACGCUUUCAACAGUGAAUAUAGCCUCCUCAGCCAUAAACACACUACUUUCUACAGUCAAGCUAUUGCUGAAAUGCUGAGGCUGACCCAAGAGGCAGACAUUUUAAGUAAAGAAAUGCAGUGCAUGACCCAAACAAAUGCACAUAUGAACGUGACGGAAGAAAAGAAAACUGUUCUUCAGUCACAUUUGGCACAGCUGGAGCUUCAACAUGGGGAGCUGGACACAGAAGUUAAACAGGCUGCAUCCCUGACGGACGCUCUGAAAGAUGAGAGAAUGGCAGUCACCAAGAAGCCUAUAGGAAACCAACUGCCUUUUCGAUUCAACUGAGCCGAGGACUGGGUGGAGUUGGUCCUUGAGAAAUGGAAGAAAAAUGAAAAGUAAAAUACUAACGAAACAACUUCAACAUUCAAAUGUUAAACUAUAACAUUAUAUUGUGUCAGAUUUUGCAUGAACUAGUCACUGUAAUCUUUUCCAUACAGUCACGUCUAACCUUAUUUAACAGGCAUGUUAAAUUGUUCAAUCUACAAAUCAUCAUUAACUGUCUUACUGCUGCAGCAUUCUACAAUACUG